CCGAGCGCCGACCGCGGAGCGGCGCAGACAUGACCUCGCGCAGGUGGUUUCACCCCAAUAUCAGUGGGGUGGAGGCAGAGAAGCUGCUCCUUUCCAGAGGCCAGCACGGGAGCUUCCUGGCCAGACCCAGCAAGAGCAGCCCGGGGGGCUUCACGCUAUCUGUCAGGCGCCAUGAGGAGGUGACCCACAUCAAGAUCCAGAACACGGGCGACUACUACGACCUCUAUGGAGGGGAGAAGUUUGCAACGCUGGCAGAGCUGGUGCAGCACUACACGGGCCGGCAUGGGGGCCCACUCCGCGAGCGCAGCGGGGCCCCCGUGGAGCUACGGCACCCGCUGGGCUGCCAGGACCCCACAUCAGAGCGCUGGUACCACGGGCACCUGUCUGGCAAGGAGGCCGAGAAGCUGCUGAUGGAGAAGGGACGUCCGGGCAGCUUCCUGGUGCGAGAGAGUCAGAGCAAACCCGGAGACUUUGUGCUGUCAGUGCUGACUCAGGAGCUGGACAAAGUACAGGGCGUGGACCGCCGGGCCCGGGUCACCCACAUCAUGAUCCGCUUCCAGUCAGACGGGAAGUACGACGUGGGCGGUGGAGAGCGGUUCGACACACUGCGAGAGCUGGUUGAGCACUACAGGAAGAACCCCAUGGUGGAGAAGUCAGGGGCCGUGGUGCACCUCAAGCAGCCCCUCAAAGCCACGAGGAUCACUGCUGAGAGCAUCGAGAGCCGUGUGCGGGAGCUCAGCGCAGCCGCAGCCGCCAGCGAGGCCAAGCAGGGCUUCUGGGAGGAGUUCGAGAUGCUGCAGCAGCAGGAAUGCCGGCUCCUGUACCCCCGGAAGGAGGGACAGCGGCCAGAGAACAAGCCCAAGAAUCGCUACAAGAACAUCCUUCCCUUUGAUACCACCCGUGUCAUCCUGCGUGAUGUGGACGACAGCGUGCCUGGAGCCGACUAUAUUAACGCCAACUACAUCAGGAGUGACCCAGAGGAGAAACCAGGCCAUGAACGGGGCAAGGUGUACAUUGCCACACAGGGCUGUCUGCAGACCACGGUGGCUGCCUUCUGGGCCAUGGUGUACCAGGAGAACACGCAUGUCAUUGUCAUGACCACCAGGGAGGUGGAGCGAGGCCGGAACAAGUGUUUCCGGUAUUGGCCAGAGCUGCAUGGCAGCCAAGAGUAUGGCCACGUGCACGUGCGCAAUGUGGCUGAGCGCCAGGCCCAGGGUUACUGCGUGCGGGAGCUGCAGGUGUGGCAGCCAGACCAGGAGGAGCCGCCGCGCAAGGUCAAGCACUACCAGUACUUCAGCUGGCCGGACCACGGGGUCCCGGCCGAGCCCGCCGGUGUCCUCGGCUUCCUGGAUGAGGUGAACCGGGCCCAGAGCAGCGUGCCGGAGGCGGGGCCCAUGGUGGUGCACUGCAGCGCGGGCAUUGGACGCACUGGCACCAUCAUCGUGAUUGACAUCCUGGUGGGCGUCGUCCGCAGGAAGGGGCUGGACUGCGACAUCGACAUCCCCAAGACGAUCCAGCUGGUGCGGCGGCAGCGCUCGGGCAUGGUGCAGACCGAGGCGCAGUACAAGUUCGUGUACCUGGCGCUGCAGCGGUACAUCCAGGGCGAGCAGCUGCGCCUGCGCGAGCAGGACCCCGGAGGCGGCGGGCGGCGUGUACGAGAAGCUGCCGCGCCCGAGGCCGCGCAGACCCGCGCGGGGGGCGGGAGGCGGCUGCGGGCACCGCGCGUGAGCCUGCGUGUGGCAUCAGUGACCAGGGACACGAGUGUCGUCUGCACCCGACCUGACUGUAGCCAGCAGUGUUCGUGCCUGGCUCCCCUGCAUCCACUCUUCAGCCCUGCCCACAACAGGGUGCUCUGGCCUGCCAGGCGGUGA